AAAUUCGUAACAAAUCACUGGCUGCAAUAUGUAAUAAAUACAUUAAAAUAUGAUAUAUUAUUUCAUGCGUGUAACACAAUAAUUUAUUAUUCGAGUGUCAUCGUACUAGUUAUCGUUAAAUGUAAAUAAUUACACGACAAUGACUAAUGUCGUAAUCGACCGAUUUGUUUUUUACGGUCCCUAGUCGGUUUCCUGCACGUCGCUUCGGGUGUUUGUUAUGGAGCAAAAUGAAAGACAUCCUCGACCUGUUGACAGAUGACAGAAUUGUUUACUAUGGCGUAGUGGCCAUUAGCUGUGUACUUCUGUUCAAUUUGUUCGUUUGGGGAUGUUUGAGUUUCAUUAUUGUUAUUAUUGCGAUUGGUUGUGGAUAUUACAUGUUUGAUUAUGCCCUUAAAUACCAAAAUUUAAAUACUAUUUUUGUGUCGGAGAAUAAAUUUGAUAAGACUUACAAAUGUAAAUGUAAUAAUUGCAAAAACUGUAUUUCAUGUGACUUACAUUUAAAAUGUCUUAAUCAAGAAACACCAUGGAAAGGAUUAUUAAUACCAGAACAAAUUGAUUCUUCAAUAGAUAAACUAUUAUCAAAAAUAAUAAAGGUAUAUGUAGAAAGUUGGUAUGAAAAUAUUUCAAAUGAUCCACAUUUUGUAAAAGAAAUUAAGCAAGUUGUAAGAUUUGCAACAAGUGUUUUGCUUAAAAGAUUAUUACAAUUGAAUGUAGAAGAAAUUGUGUUGCAUAAAGUAAUUCCAAUAUGUUUAUCACAUAUAAAGCACUGCCAACAAAUAGAAAAUGGUAAAAAAAUUGCAUAUCAUUAUGCUGUCAGUAAUCGAAAAGUUGAGAUUAUGUACCUUAAAAAAGUAUCUUCAAGUGUACUGCCAUUCAUUACACGACAAAGCGAUCUUCAAUGCAUGAUAUUUUAUACUUUAUUGCGAGAACUUCUUUCACUUUGGGUAUUAUUACCAAUAUCAGAUGUAAUAUGUAAUCCAGCAAACAUUACUUUUACUUGGUCAAAAUUAUCCAAAUCAUCAAUUAUUAAUUCAACAACUACAAUAAGCAAAGAUAAACAAGUUGAAUUUUUAUCAAAAUUUAUUGGUGAAAAUCAACAUGAUACUGUACAGCUUGAAAUGCGUAGUAUAUUUAAAGACUCAACAAUUUUAUCUGCAUUUACAGCUUUUUUGAAAAGAAAAGGUGCUGUGCAUUUGUUACAAUUUUGUUUAGAUGUUGAACAGUUUAACAAGCGCAUGUUAAGACCAGAAAUAUCAUCUCAAGAACUUGACAUGCUUUAUCGAGAUGCUUGGGAUAUAUUUUCUGUAUAUUUCAGUUCCCAUUCACCAGAUUGUAUAAGUUUUGAUCCUGAAUUAGUAAGUCAACUACGAAAAGUUUUAUCUAAAGAUGUUAUUAAACUUCAAAAUUCAAAACCAUUAUAUCAAGCUUACGAACAAACAUAUUCUACCUUACAAAAUAGUUACUGGAUAGAGUUUCACAAUUCUGAUGAAUACUUUUCUUGGAUAUGUGGACCACGUAAUAUUCCAGAAACUUCAUCAAAAGAAUCUUUGUCGAAUAAUGAGAAAAAAAAUAAUACUUCUAAGAUAAGUCAUAAACUAAAUAGAAUUAAAGGAGCUAUGAAGUCAAGUACUAUAUAUGAUGGCCAAUUUGAUUCUUUAUCUUCUGAAUGUGAUCCAGAGUAUGGAGAAGAUUUAUCUGUUGAUAGUGAAAUCAUUAACAGUGAAAGAGAUUUAAGCACUUGGAGGGUAACUGAUGUAACAUCAGCUAUGAAAUUAGAAUCUGGAUCCAAUGGUGGCCAAUCAUUAGUAUUUUUUAUUUCAGUAGAGACAGCUGAAAAUGAUUCAAUCAAACAAUGGUGUGUAGAAAGAAGACUUGCUGACUUUUAUACUUUAAAAUCAAAACUUACUGAAUUCCAUGGAGUAUUUGUAGAUGCUCGAUUACCUUCAAGAAGAAUUUUAUUACAAAAAACAGAAAAUAAUGAUAUUUAUGUCCAGUUUCUCAAUCAACUAUUACAGAAACCUGAGCUUAGGGGAUCAGAUCUAUUGCAUAUGUUUUUAACGUCUAUAGACAAUUUUGAAGAUUCUGAAUCAGCUCUUGGAAGAUUGUUAAGGAAAUCUAUGCCAAUUUCUUUGAGAAAAGAACGUGGACAAAAUUUAGAAUCAUUCAUUUCUGUAUUUAUGGCUUCAGUUGAAACUAAACUAAAACAAAGGUACGAGUGGAAAGAUUUAAGUGAACAUCUACCCGAAAGAAAAUUUAAAAUUGCUGAAAAUUCAGUUUUUGGUAAUAACUUAAAUUUAGUUGAAGAUGAAAACCAAACACCAUUAGAAGGAAUAUCAGAUCAAAUAAAAUUUCUCUGUGGUCCAAUUAACUGUAUUAUUUUUUUUGGAGUACAUGUAUACAAUAUGUCAAAUUCUGUUGUUCAAUUAAUUUUGGCUAUACAAUCAAUGUGUGGCAAUAUUGUUGAUUCUAUUAUACAACGCUACAUCAGUCUUCGUAUUGUAAAAUCAAUUACACCUUCUAAAAUAUCAAACUUAAUUGAAUUAUUAGAAAAUCUUCUAUUUCCCGGUGAUGAUGCACCACAAAAGACUGAUCAUCAAAUUUCAGUUGAACAUUUGAAAUUAUUGAAUAAUUCAGUUUUUUCUCCACUGUUGACGUGUUUGUUUCAAUGUACACAAAAUGCAGUGAUGAAUAAACAAUUAUUCUAUAGACUUUUAGAUAUAUUGAUACCAGAAAUGUUUCCAGAACUACGAACACAACUUAUCGAACAAUUAUGAUGAUAAAACUUUAUUGCUGUGAUAAUAUUGAGUGAUACAUUCCUAAAUAUCAAAAUAAGGUAUAUAACUUAUAUGCUUUAUAGUUGAUUAAUAGAUUUAAAAGCCUAAUUACUUGGAUUUUUCAUGCUUGUUUGACUAAAUUAUUAUUUUGAUUUAUUCAUAAGUAAAUAUAUAGAAGUCUUUUUUUUAAAUUAAAUUAAUAAGAAGUCAAAAUUUUAUUCUAUUGAUUAAAAAUGGCUAAUUCAAUUUGACAAGAAUGCAUUUUUUCUAAAGUUUGAAUGAUUAUAAUUAUAGUAGAAAAUGUAUUUUUUAAAUAAUAUUACCAUUAGUGCAUACUAUAUUAGUAUAUUUAAUAAUAAAAUAAACAAUAAUAAUACAUACAUUUGACAUAAUUAUAAUUUAUUUUUAAAUCAACAUCAUUAGGCGUAAUACUAAUGUAAUACAGCAAUUUAUUUAUUAUGAAUUUUUUAUUCCGGUAUUAUAAAAAUAAAAUCCAAAAUAAAAUAAGUAUAUGGUAGUUGGUAGUUUUAUAUACAACUCACAGAGCGUUAGUUUACCAUUCAAAAUUAAUUUGAAUUAGUUUUAUCAAAUGUAUGUAUAUAACAGUAUGUACAUACAUAAAUAUUUAAUUUUAGACAGAAAACAUAUUACUUAAGCAUUGUUAUCCUUGUAGAUUAAUAUCAAUAGAUUAUAAACAUUAAUCAUGUAGUUUCAUAUAUAUAUAUAUAUAUAUAUACAAAAUACAUAUAUGUAUAAAUUGUUAAAAAUAUAUUUUAAAUAUUCUAAGGAUAUAAUUGAAAUAAAAACCAAAAUGUUGGUUUGAAAUGCAAUGUUUAUUUUCCAAAUUAUUUUAAAAUUAAAAUUUGUUAGUAUGUUUAAGUGAAGAUUUACCAGUUUUUAAGUUUUAUCCUAACUAAACAAGUGAGGAAGUAUUUACCUGAGUACCUAUUUGUCAAAAUAAAACAAAAAUAAAAAUUCAUAAAAAAUUUUACUUUUCAAAAUCUUUUUAUUUCAAAAUCUAUUAAUAUAAAUAAACUAGUAUUUCAAAAAUAUAAUAGUAUUUGUAAUAGUUUUCCAUUUAGUUAAUUGACGUUUAUAAUUUUUAAAUAUUUAAACAUAUACCAAAGACAUUUUCAGCAGUUAAUUAUUAUUUAAAUACAAAUGUUCCUAAGCUUAAAAUCAUUAAUUUAAAUAUGGCUUUAAAAACAUUAUCCUAAUUGAUAUUUAAAAAAUAUAUUAGAAUUUAUCAUUAGAAUGAAUGUUUUCAUUAGAUUAUAGCAUGAUGUUAUAGUUUGUUUUUGACAGAUGAUAGAUUUAUUUUUUUAUAAAAUAGUAUUUUAAAAUGAAAUAGAAAUAAUAAUACAGUUUAUUUAUAUGUUACUAUGUAAACAUUGUAAACACAUGAAUUAUACCUGAUAAGCUUAAAUUGGUUGUAUUAUAUUAGAAGUAUUUAAAAGUAUUAAUAUGCAUUUAUAAAACUAACAUUUUUUUAUCAAUAUUAUUUGUAGAAGUUUCCAAAACAAAAAAAGUAUGGUUCAUUUUUAGUACCAAUCCACAAUCUAUUUCAAAAAUAUUAAUUGCUAUCUGUACAAAAUAAUUUUAAUUUAAAUAAAAAGAGUAGGUAGUAAUAAUGAUUAUAAUAAAUUAGAGUAAUGACUUUCAUGCAUUCACAUAUUUUUCUUAGUUAACUUUGAGUAAGUACACAACACAUUUCAAAAUGUUUGUGACUAAAAGCUCAACAUUUUUAUGCAUAUUUUGACAUUUUUGGGUUUAAAGGGCAUAUAUUUUGAUUAUAAGAGCAUAUUUUAAGUUUGUAGUGCAUAUUUUGAAGGUUUUUUGAAAACCAUGUACUUUGCUGAAUAUUUUUCAUAAUCAAGGACAUAAAUUAUUAUUUUUAAUUGUUUCUUUAUAAUUUAUCAUAAAGACGAUAAAGACUCAUUUUAUCUUAAUUGUGAAUCUGUAGAUUAGAUUACAAUAAAGUGAUAUCAAAUUUAGUUAAAACUUGUAGAGAGAUAAUGUAUAUUUAUUAAAAUAAAAUAUUCAAAGAAAAAAUAAAAUUUUUAGAGCUAUAAAUCUUAGUGUUCUAUUUUUUUUUUUUUUUUUUUUUUGAGGGCAUAUUUAACAGCAUAUUUUUAAUUUUUUGAUGCAUAAGUGCAUAUUUGAUGAUGUUUUAGUGCAUGAAAGUCCUUGCUCUAAAUGUAUAAUAUAUUAUAAUUUCAAUCUUCCUCCUGUAUCUUUAAAAAUCAAAUUUUAUUAUAAACAAAAAAUCUUCACUAGUCUCUUUUUUUUCUAUUCAGUUACCAAAAUAUUUGUCUAUAAUUAUUAUAAAGUAUAAUUUUAAAAGUAUUAUUCAUUCAUAUUAUGUUAUAGACACAAUUUUAUAAAAUAUACUAAUACACAAUAUUAAUUUAUUUUUAAAAAUAAACUUAACCAGUAAAAUAUAAUUUAUUAUUAAUAUAUUUUUGUACUGCUCACAAUAUUUCUAAGACGUGUAUAAUGGGAGUAAAAUAUCUGUUUAUGUAUUUCUCGCGCAAAAUAUAAAUUAUAAUUUUAGACAUAUCUAAAAUGUGAAAAUUAUCCUUGUUUAAAUAUUGUACUAUGUGAUUUAUAAGAUGAAUAAUUAAUUAACAAAAUAUCAACAAAAAUUUAAUAUACCUGAUUCAAGCAUUUAAAAUUUAUAUAAUAUACAUAUUGCCAGGAUAUUCUCACUUAAAUCACUUAUUAUAAUCUUCUGAACAGUAUAGGGGACAUAAGGCCAUCUCCUUCCAAAGAGUCUUAUCCCUCCAAACAUUUCAAUACCUCCACCUUCUAAAUGGAAUUAUAUGUAAAUCUGUGGAUCGUGUAAGCUUUAAUCAGAGUAUAAAUAUUCAACCAAAUGUCCACCUAUGCUCAACAAUUAUUUUAACAUAUGUCAAUAAUCAUCUCGCUAUUAAAUAUUGCUAUUUAUCUAAGUUGAGCCUAAGCAUAGCCAUAUAAUUAAUUACUACUCAUAGUAAUCAAAUUUUCAUGAUAUUUUAAAAGUGACCAAAUAAUUAAUUUAAUAUUCUGCUGUUUUCAUAGUUACAUAAUAGAACUUCUAUCUGUAUUAAUACUACAUGACAAGAAGUUUCUUGCAAUUAUUUUUAUCUAGAAUUAGCUACGUAUCUGCAGAUUUAAUAGCAUACUUAUGUAAACUGUUAAUUAACAUAGAUAAAAUUAUUGUUUAUACUUGUAACUAAAAAGACAUUAAUAUUUUAAAAUUUAUAAUUUUUAUUUUUUUUACCUACCUAAUAAAAUAAAUAUGUGUAUAAUUUGGUAUCGAACAUUCAUUUUACAAUAUUUCAUAGUUAUUUAUUUUUUAUUUAUUUGUUAUAUUAUUGUUUUCAUUUGAUUUACUGUUAAUUUUGUGUAAUAUUAUUAUUUUAAGUUUUAAAAUUUGUCAAUUUAAUUUGGUUAUUUAAGUCAGCAAAUAUGUCAAUUAUAGCUUGUAUUAAUUAUUUUUAUUAAACUCAAAAAAAAAAAUAAACUAUAACCAAUGGUGUAUAUUAUAUUAUUAUACACUUCUUUUUACAAUUCAAAAUAAUAAUUAUUGAAAGUGUUAAUACACUUUUCUUCUUUCAGUUUAAUUGAAAUUGUUUAUGUUUAUGAAAACCUAAUUGAUACUUUUUUUUUUUAAACAAAUCGCACAAUCUUAAAUGUAUUAACUUAAUUUUCAUUAUCUCCAAAAUCUCCAAAACCUUAAGAAUAAAAUAAUAUCAUUAGAAACCGGAAUUAUAUGCAUUAUAAAUGUGGUAAAUAUGAUGCAAAUAUGCAAAGAAAUAGAUCAAUACCUAUAUGUGCAUCAAUAUACAUCGAUAGUUAUAAACUUAUAAAAUAUGCUCCAAUAUGUGUCAUAAAUUUACACUAUGUAUUAAAAAAAAAGUUUUAAUUUGAAAUUUGAAAACUCAACAAAACUAGGUGUCGUGAAAAAACCACUAAAUUAUUGUACGAUUUAGGUACCUAUAUGAAUUUAAACAAAUAAUGACUAUGUAUAUAAAACUAUCAACAUGAAUCGAUAAAAAUUUAAUUAAACUUGCAGCUCAUAUUUACUAUGAUACCUAUUUUAAAAACCAGAUCAAAUCCAUUAUAAUUAUUUUUUAAUAUGCUAUUCUAAAAUGAUUUUAAAUAUUAAUUCUUUACUAUAUUAAUUUAAUUUGAUUAAAGAUUCAAGAAUGAUAUUGUCUAUGCACAAUUACUAUAUUAAACAUAUAAUUUAUAUUAUUUUGGUAACAUAAUUUUAUGUUUUCAAAGGUUAAAUUGAAAUUAUAUAUUUACCCGGACAAAUAAAAUUUUGUAUAAUUUAGAUUUUUAUGUUUAUUGAUUAAUUGCUAUCAAGAUGUCAAGAUAUUUAUAAACAAUUUAAUUCCAAUGUUUUCAUAAUCAUAAAUCUAACACUCGAGUAUUAUAAGAAUCUAAGUGGUUGACAACCUAACAAACUAUUUAAAAUAAUCAUACAAGCUUUAAUGUUUUAAUUUUUUUCAAAAAUUUUAAAAUUAUACUGCUGAUUUUCAUGUUUUUGUUUUGUUUAUGGUUAUUUAAUGUUGUUAAUUAUAUGUUUUGGUAUAUACAAAAAAAAUAAAUUGUAAUAUUAUAAUUGAAACUGUACCUAUUUCAUGUGCAUUUUAUUUUUUCAUUUAAUUUCUGUAUUAAGAAAUAUUAUUUUAAAUAAUUAUUGUAUUAUUAUUUAUAAAAAUGUUAAGACUAAUAAUUAUUAGUUAUUUCUUAUUUCUACAUGUAACACAGUAUGCUACCUAUCAUAUAUGUUCAUAUGAGAAGCAAACUAUGAUUAAGUAUUAUAAUUUAUAAGUUAAAUGAUAUAUUAUAUUGUAUAUUGGGCUAUUCGAUAAUAAUACAUAUGAAUGUAAAACAUGUACAACUCAUAGUUACCACUUUGAAACAACAUUUAUAAUAUAAUAUAUUUAUUUCGUAGAUUA